AUGGACUACACCAAGCGACGGGAGCGGUAUCGAGCCGUUCUGGCCGGCGAUGUUUGCGUGCAUCCCGGCUCCGUGUUUGACCCGAUCUCGGCCCGCGCUGCCGAGGACCUGGGUUUCGAGGUCGGUAUGUUCGCCGGCUCCAUCGCCAGCGGCACGGUGCUCGGCGCCCCCGACUACGUCGUACUGACUCUCAGCGAGUUUGCCCAGCAGAUUUACCGCAUCUGCCGAGCCGGUCAAUUGCCCCUCAUGGUUGACGCCGACCACGGCUACGGCAACGCCCUCAGCGUGAAGCGAACCGUGGAAGAGCUGGAAGCCUCCGGCGUGUCGGCUUUGACCAUCGAAGAUACCGUGCUGCCCAUGCAGUUCGGCGGCGCCAGCGGAUAUAUUUCGCUCGAAGAAGGCGUCGGCAAGAUGAAGGCGGCUCUGUCCGGCCGCACCGACCCCAAUCUCGUAAUCGUGGGACGCACCAGCAGCCUGAGCGAAGGCAUGGACGAGUGCAUCCGCCGCGUGAAAGCCUACGAGGCGGCCGGCGUUGACGCCAUCUUCCUGGCCGGCGCGACCACCAAGGCCCAGGUUGAAGCGGUCAACGCUGAGCUGAACAUCCCCCUGCUCCUCGGCGGAGCCGGCGGUGAACUGUCGGACAAGGCGUGGCUCGGCCAGAACGGCGUGCGCGUCGCUCUGCAGGGGCACCUGUCAUUCCAGGCUCACAUCAAGGCGGUUUACGACACCCUCAAGGCGCUGCGUGACGGCGUCGCUCCUGGCGAUCUACGCGACCAGUGCGCCUCGCCGGAGCUCAUUGCCCAGGUCACGCGCAAGGCUGACUACGACCAGCAGAUUGCCGACUACCUCAGGUAG